CCGCCAUGCCGGCGCCCGUGCUCUGCGCGAUCUGCGGGGCUGUCCGCGCCGCGCUCCGCCGGCCCAAGACGGGCCAGGCGCUGUGCCGGGCGUGCUUCGUGGCGGCCUUCGAGGCGGAGGUGCACGGCACGAUCGUCGCGGCGCGGCUGUUCCGCGCGGGCGAGACGGUGGCCAUCGGCGCGUCGGGCGGCAAGGACUCGACGGUGCUGGCGCACGUGCUGCGGCUGCUGAACCAGCGCCACGGCUACGGCCUGCGCCUGCUGCUGCUCUCGGUGGACGAGGGCAUCGCCGGCUACCGGGACGACUCGCUGGACGCCGUGCGCCGCAACCGGGGCCGCCUGGGGCUGCCGCUGCACGUGGUCUCCUACCAGGAGCUCUACGGCUGGAGCAUGGACCGCAUCGCCCGCCACGUCGGGCCCAGGAACAACUGCACCUUCUGCGGCGUCUUCCGGCGCCAGGCGCUCGACCGAGGCGCCGCCUUGCUCGGGGCCGACAAGAUCGCUACAGGUCACAAUGCAGACGACGUCGCUGAGACGGUGCUGAUGAAUUUCCUGCGGGGGGACGUUGGCCGCCUGCGGCGCUGUGCAGAAAUCCUGACAGGCGGCGAGGGGGCGUUGCCGCGCUGCAAGCCGCUGAAACACGCCUACGAGAAGGAGAUCGUGCUGUACGCCUACUUCCAGGGCUUGGACUACUUCAGCACGGAAUGUGUGUAUGCACCCAACGCCUACCGCGGCCAUGCCCGUGCCCUGCUCAAAGACCUCGAGGCCACGCGGCCCAGCGCCGUGGCCGACCUGGUCCACUCGGGCGAGCGCCUGGCGGUGCGCGAGGACGUGCGCAUGCCCACCCAGGGCACCUGCCGGCAGUGCGGCUACCUCUCCAGCCAGCCCCUCUGUAAGGCUUGUGUGCUGCUGGAAGGGCUCAAUCGUGGCCUCCCUCGGCUGGCCAUUGGCAAACCUGGACGCCUGCAGAAGGCUCUGUUGGAUGGAGAGAAGCCGGAAACCAGCUUACGGGAAGGGGAAGACUCUAGGCCGGCUAGCCAGGGCUCAAAGAUAUUGGACUUCUGAGUCUCUCCUCCUCUGUGGACUCCUUUCCUGCCAAGAGAUGCUUCUGUGUCUCAGAGGACUGAAAGCAACCUGUUUUAUGCCUCUACCAAUGAACUGUGUAUUCUUGGGUGAGGCAACUUGUGGCCCUCCAGAUGUUUUAGCCUACAACUCCCACCAUCCCUCACCAUUGGCUGUGCUGGCUAGGCCUGAUGGGAGUUGUAGGCCAAAACAACUAGAGCGCCGCAUGUUGCCCACUCUUGGAGAUGUUGUUGAUUUGCAAGGAAGGCCUGUAUGCUCUGACGGGGUGAGGGACCUUCGGCCCUUCAGAUGUGGUUGGACUGUAGCUCCCAUCAACCCCUUACCAUUGCCCAUGCUGGCUGGGGCUGAUGGUUGUUGGAGACCAAGAACAUCUGGAAGAUCUCCACCCCUACUCCAGGUGCAGGGGUAGAUGUUCUCCAACCAACAGAUGCAGAUACAACAUGCUGGAACAUCUGUGUUGAAUUAUAGCUGUUCUCCAGUGCACAAAGAGUAGCUGGGAGGGUUUAUUUGUUUGUUUCUGAAGUAAUUCUUUUAAACCACAUGAAACUUGA